UAAUAAGGGGCCCAACAAAUUUUAGUCAAAAGAAAACGAGAACGAGUAACGCCUUGUUCGAAUUGCAACUCCGACUCAGUGAACCAGUGAUUAAGAACAGGGGAGAUUUAGGGUUUAUGAAGCCCUGGUUCUCUUCAGAGUUUCGCUCUUACCCUACCAAGAAUGAGCCGAUUGCAGGGGCCUUUGGCACUUAAACGUAAGCGGCCAGACUCUAAUUCGCCAUCGGAGUCCCUGACAGAACAAGAGCGCAUCCUUUAUGAUGUGAUCCGAAGUAAACAAGACAUGGGAAUCUGGACACGAGACAUGAAGCGGGAAACAAAUUUGCCAGACAAUGUGGUUAACAAGUCUCUCAAAUCCCUUCAAGCCAAAAAGCUGAUAAAAGAGGUUGUAAAUAUCCAAAACAAGGGGAGAAAACAUUACAUGGCUGCUGAGUUUGAGCCAUCAAAAGAAAUCAGUGGUGGAGCUUGGUAUGUUGAAGGGAGCCUUGAUACUGAAUUUAUUGACUUGCUGAAAGACCAAUGCGCGAAGAUCAUAUAUAAGCAAAGGGUAGCUACCGUGGAGGGAAUAUUGGAUGUAAUAAGGAGGACUGGAAUUUUCAAGGUUGAGUUCUCAACACAGCAAAUCGAGGAGAUUUUAAGGGCUUUGGUUUUGGACAAUGUGGUGAUGGAUGUCAAGAGCAAUGGGAUGGGAGAGUUUGAUUCUAUUCCAGUAGGGAAAGUUUGCUACAUAUGCACAAAUAAGGGUGUUAGAGGGGAACCUAAGGCAGGGGCUAUGGCUUCCAUUCCAUGUGGAGUUUGUCCAAGGAUAAAUCUCUGUACACCUGAUGGCAUUAUAUCUCCAACCACCUGUGUCUACUACAAUAAAUGGUUGGAUUUCUGAUUUUUGAUUGUAUGUCAGGAGACAGUUUCUUAUAUGAUUUUUGAUGGUUUCCACAUUUCUGUUAUGGAAUCCAUGGAAAAGAGAAUUUUGAUCCUUUUAAGUUUGAAAGCUUAGGCAAAAGUUCUGUAGUGACUUGCUCUAGCCGUGUUUCAUAUGCUAGUGAUUAGGAUCUAUUACAAUUGAUGGUCUGUCUGGGGUAUUCUUCUGAGGCUGGGCUGAUUUGUGGAGCUUUGAAAAGACAACUUCCAUACUCUUGGUAUAUAAAAAAGUUUUAAAUUUUGAAGUAUAUGCCUUUUGUACAAAUUUAUAAGUUAUCAAAUAAAAUGCACUAGAAUGCUUAAUAUUUGAUAGAA